CUUCACAUUAACGUUUUAACGGCUAAGACAACUAUCAAUACUUCUAACUGCAUCUCUGAAAUUAUGUUCUUUAUUUAAAUGUGAUUUAUUUUCAUGUUUAUAUUAUUUAUUCAUUUUACGUGUUUGACCUGUAUUUUUUCUAAUACCGAACACCGGGUACAGUUAGUCUGUUGUGCGCAUUAAUUACGAAUUUAAAAUACAUCCUCACAUUGAUAACUUACUCGCGAAAUAAGAUAUCGUUGGAGUAAUAUACAUUGUUGUAUUAUAUUUGUUCUAUCCUAAUUCACGAAUUUAAUUUUAAUAAAAUAUAUUAAGUAUAAAUAUCAGGUAUGUGUUCCUUGAGGGAUUUUCCCGAAUUACGGGAUCAAAGUCUCACAGAUAAAAACGCGUCAAUGAAUAUAGUCAUAAAAAGAGUGAAACCAGAGGCAAUCAAUUAUCCAAAAAUUGUAGUGCAGUUACUAGUUGAUCAAAAUCCAGGAACUUUAUUUUUACCAACUUCAGGACUAAAUACAUUACAAAAAGUUAUAAAUAAAUGUGCUGAAGAAGGUUUUUGGACUGCUUAUGAAGAAUUUACUCAUUAUAUAAAAAAUAAUUCUAAUAACAUAUCAAUCAUUGUAUAUCCAUUGAAAUUUAUUUUAAAAUUUUCACCUCGUGCAAAUUUAAAGGGCCCUGAAAACUUAAUAUUACCAGAUAUCAGUAGAACAAAAUUAUGGUCUUCAAGUGUAAUACGUUGUAUGUCAUGGCAUCCACAAACUGUUAAACUUGCUGUUGUAUCAUCUCAUGAUAUUAUUUACGUUUACAAUCGCAAAGGUUCCGAAGCAAGAAUAAAAAAUAAAUCUCAAUAUGCCAUAUUAUCAUUAGCUUGGAGACCAUUUAGUGUUGGUACUUUGGCUGUUGGAUGUGAAAAAGGAAUUUUUAUCUGGACCAUUGAAUUUAGUAAUAUUCACAUAAGACCAGCAGUUAAUAACAAAUGCAAAUUGGUUAGAGAUAAUCAUAGAUAUAUUACUGGAUUAUCUUGGAAUAAGAUGGGUGAUCUUUUAAUAUCUAGUGCAGUGACAUCUAAAACCAUGUAUGUUUGGAAUUAUGCUUUUGAGGAGUGUGUGCCGUUACACAGAAUAAAUUCGGACACAUUAAAUUUUGUUCAUUGGUCACCUGAUAAUACUAAAGUUUUCUCUUGUUCAACUAAUGAAACAUUUAGAAUUUGGUCAACUGAUAAAUGGACCGCAGAUAGAUGGUCAUUGAAUAACCGAUCUAGAGUGCAGUGCGCAUGUUGGUCACCUUGCAGUUCAGUGUUAUUAUUUGCGACAAACUCAAGUCCAAUCAUAAAUGCUAUUGACUUCCGAAAAUCAGAUGUAUUUAACGGGUCAACAAAUUACAAAAAAGUUGCAUGGCCUGUUAUUGACUUAAAAAGUGAAUGUGUAAAUGACAAAGUAAUUGGUGGAAUACCUUUAGAUAUGUGUUGGGAUCAACAUGGUAAAAGGUUAGCUAUUACUUUUAAGAAUAGUAGUGCAUUGGUUGUAUUCCAAACUACUAUAAGUGUUGCUGUUGUUGACUGUAUUCCAUUUUGUAUAAUACAAGGCCGUCUUGAUGAAGAACCUUCUACAAUUGCUUUUCAACCAACUUAUGAAGAAGGCUCGUUAUUGACAAUUGGCUGGUCUAAUGGUAAUAUUGAAUACGUACCAUUUACGUAUAGCUGUAAGUCAGUACACGAACCUGAAUUAUCUGAAGCAAAUAUUUCUAAUACUAGUAAGAACAUUUCUGGACGAGCAAGUCUGGCUGCUUCUAAUUCAUUAAUUGAAUAUUUGUUGAAUUAAAUUGAAAUGUUUAGGUAGUUUUAUAUGAAUUUUUCUAUUAAGCUUAUUU